AUGGGCAUUGAGAAUUCUUGUUUGGAUGUCGAAGAAUCGACCGAGCCUCCUAUAUGUAGUCUCAUCAAGGAAAACUCCAAAAAACCUGUCUACCUUCCGGGUUUCAAUGAAGAGCCUUCGAAUCCAGAGAGAAAUUUAGAUGGUUCUUUCGAGGAGAAGCAGCCAAUACAAGGUAGUUGGGAUGAACAUCACAUCGAUGCCCAUAUCUUCACAUCGAAACAGGUUUCUCGAUUCUUCGGUGUAGACGUGAGAAAUGGCCUCUCUCAAAACGAGGCCGCUGCUCGCCUUCAGCAGAUUGGCCCUAACAAGAUUGAGGCAGAUAAAGGGGUACCCAUGUGGGAAAUUCUGCUAAGGCAGGUUACCAACAGUUUGACUUUGGUCCUGCUACUCACAAUGUGCCUAUCCUUUGGCAUUUCUGAUUAUAUAGAAGGUGGUGUGAUAUGCGGUGUCAUUAUCUUGAACAUUAUAGUUGGAUUUGUGCAGGACUUUCGAGCAGAGAAAACAAUACACUCUCUACAGCAGCUCUCAGCUCCCGUAUGUAAAAUCAUACGAGAUGGUAAGCUAUCAUCCGCAAAAGCAGAGACUCUCGUCGUCGGUGAUAUUGUACAAUUGUCUGUGGGAGAUGUAAUCCCUGCCGACCUUAGGCUCUUUGAGGGAAUGAAUCUUGCGGCUGAUGAAGCUUUGCUUACCGGAGAGUCUUUACCUAUCACGAAGAACCCUUACAACGUGUUGAUCUUCCCGGACAUUCCUAUUGGUGAUCGUGUCAAUAUGGUCUAUUCAGGAAGCACCGUAGUACGUGGUCGAGCAAAAGGGAUAGUAGUGGCCACUGGAAUGAUGACUGAAGUUGGAAAGAUUGCGAAGCUUCUUCGUAGCCAAAGCACUUAUCCAUCACCUUCAAAUCUGACGACCGGCUUCGCCCUCAAAAUCAAAACCAGUCUCCUGAAUAUUCUGGGUCUAGUUGGUACUCCGCUUCAGAUAAAAUUGAGCAAGUUUGCUCUGUUCCUCUUUGCUCUAGCUAUCCUGUUAGUCAUUGUAGUUUUCUCCGUUGCCUUAUGGGAUUUGAAAGGUGAAGUACUCAUCUAUGGAAUCUCGGUUGGCGUAGCCGUUAUCCCAGAGUCGCUUAUUGCCGUGCUCACCAUCACCAUUGCCGUUGGGACCAAAGCGAUGGCGAAGGGGAAUGUUAUUGUACGGAAAUUGCAAUCUCUAGAGGCAGUUGGCGGUGUCCAACAUAUCUGUUCCGACAAGACAGGAACACUGACGCAGGGGAAAAUGACGGUAAACGAGGUUUGGAUCCCUGACAUUGGCACCCUUAAAAUUGAAGAUACACAGGAUCCCUUUAACCCGACCAGCGGAGUUGCCAGAAUCAACGGGAAGCCACUCUCUGAGUCGCCGGUGGCUAGUGAGAAAAUGAAGCCGUUUCUUUUUGCUAUCGCUCUUUGCAAUCUCUCCACUGUUGUUCGUGAUGCCGAUGGUCCAUCUGUUAAGGAAAACUGGACGGCUAUUGGAGAACCAACAGAGAUUGCAUUACAGGUUCUAGCUGUGAAGCUUCAAUGUGGCAAACAGGGAUUGCUAGCAAGAGGAAAUCUGCGACUUAUUACCGAACACUCUUUCGAUUCCUCCGUAAAACGAAUGACUGCCGUUUAUCACAAUUCUCAUUCUGAUAUGUAUGAAGUCUACGCUAAAGGGGCAACCGAAAACAUGCUGUCUGUUAUCUCAGCCACCACUGAUGUGAAAGCCCGAAUACUCGAUAUGGCUGAUCACAUGGCCAGAGAAGGGCUUCGCGUUCUCUGUGUGGCACAGAAAGCUCUAAAAACGCAGAGCACUGAGAAUCUUAUGCAACGAAACGGUGCCGAGUCUAAUCUGGGUUUCUUAGGCCUAGUUGGUAUUCGUGAUCCUCCUCGACCGGAAACAGCUGAUGCAGUUCAAAAGGCACAAAUGGCCGGCAUCUCCGUUCAUAUGCUGACAGGCGAUCACAUUCAUACGGCAACAGCGAUUGCCUAUGAAGUGGGCAUUCUGGGUAAAUGCAUGCCUUCCGGAAAGCAUGGAACUGCCAUUAUGACUGCAGCCGACUUCGACAAGCUUAGCGACGUGGAAAUUGAUGCAAUGGCGACUCUCCCACUGGUGAUUGCAAGAUGCAGCCCGUCAACAAAAGUACGCAUGCUAGAGGCGAUGCAUAGGAGGGGUGCGUUUGCUGCCAUGACUGGAGACGGUGUAAAUGACGCCCCAGCACUUCGCCGCGCUGAUGUCGGAAUUUCCAUGGGCAAAGCUGGAAGUGAUGUAGCCAGGGAAGCCUCGGAUUUGGUAUUGACUGAUGAUAACUUUGCAUCGAUUGUUAAGGCUAUAGAAGAGGGAAGAAGGCUUUUCGACAACAUUCAGAAGUUUCUACUUCAUCUUCUUGCCUCAAAUGCAGCUCAGGUUAUUUUGCUCUUGACUGCACUGGCAUUUAAAGAUGAUCAGGAUAAUUCGGUAUUCCCGCUUUCGCCUCUCGAGAUUCUCUGGACAAACUUGAUCACUUCAUCGUUUCUUGCCAUCGGCCUCGGACUAGAAGAAGCACAGCCAGACAUAAUGCUCCGUCCACCUCAUAAUCACAAAGCUGGAGUAUUUACAAAUGAGCUUAUAAUGGACCAGUUGAUCUAUGGAAUUUCAAUGGGUUCCCUUUGCCUAGUUUCCUUUGUCUCGGUAGUGUACGGCCCUGGGUCCGGCGAUUUGGGAAUCAACUGCAACCAAGGCUUUAAUGAGACCUGCCACAAUGUGUUUCGAGGGCGAGCUUGUACCUAUGCCACUUUGACAUUCCUGCUUCUUGUAACGGCUUGGGAAGUCAAACAUUUCUCACGCUCCCUCUUCCACUUCGACCCAAACCGCUAUCCCGGUCCAUUUUCCAUAUUUCCUGUGCUAUGGCGAAACCGGUUUCUCUUCUGGGCAGUGUUUGCAGGUUUUGUUAUGGCUUUCCCAAUUGUAUAUCUCCCCGUGAUCAACAGGGCCGUUUUCAAACACCAAGCUAUCACUUGGGAAUGGGGGGUUGUCUUUGGCUGUGUUCUUGUGUAUCUGGCCCUUAUUGAGAGUUGGAAAGCCACGAAACGUGCAUUUGGGAUUGGAAACGGGAAGAGCGGUGGCGCGUUGAUUGGUCAAGAUGCGGAAUCGCGUUUGACGUCUCCUAGCGUGGAGAUGAAAUGA